AUGAACUCCCGAACCAGUCGCACCCGUCGGCAAUCGGAAACCACAGACAACGAGACAGCCGGUCGGAUGAAUCAUCUGGGCCUCCAACCUCGCACUUCUCUCCAUCACAAAUCUUCCGAACAGCUGGUCCUGCCAAUCGACCCAUUUUGUCACCUACCCACGAUCGUCACCUAUUGCUUCAAGCCUGUCCCUGUACGAUCUCCGGCCAAAGCUGAUGUUGCUUCCUUCUCCACCACUAGAUCUUCGGAUGGUGUUCUCUUGGAUAAUAUCCGCCGCAUCGAAAAGGUUGGCAUUCGGCCGAUGAACGCCACUGCUCAGCACAUUCACCUGCCUAAGUGUUUCUUUCACCAGUUCCCUCGUCGCACUGAGGUGAAGGCAACCAUCAUCGCGCUCAUUUGCCGCACUAACUCCAUCUACUGCCGCAAUUGCAUCAAAUCGUAUAAGAAUACCGUCAACCGGAGACUCCAACCGUCUUCACGAUCGAUGGGGCCAACUUGUUCACCCAGUCCUAGCCGCGCCUUCGGUUUCGCCGAGACCCAAGCACGAGGACAGCACAGCUGA